GAGUACUCUUUUUUGCGAGUUUCUCUUUCACUCAUUUUAUCAAACAUGUAUCUUGCAUGCCCAGAUGGAAAUAGUUUGAUUUUAUGCUUGUUCUCUGAUUUUCAUUUGGUUAUGAUGUUUGUUAAUUGUCCAUGUAUAACAAAAAUGUGCUUAUGAUUACGAUUGUUUAGUUAUUUUAUCGACUUGUUUGCAGACGGAGUACUUGGUUUUAAAGCUUCAAGAAGAAGAGAGGUUUUCGUUUUUUGACAGAAUCAUGGAGAACAAGUUCAGAAAAUGUAAGAACUGAAUUAGUUCAGAAGAACUGGAAAAUUUUAUUGUUUUAAAAGGAGUUGGGUGUUUGAAAUCUGUUGCAGAAUAUGUUGUAGAUGAGUCGUUUACAUCUUUUAACGGGUUUAAGGGCAGAAUUUGUGGUUUAGCCUCUGUUUGGAGAUGAUCCUGUUUGUGGAAACAAAAAUGUUAUUGUUAAUGCGUAGGAAUUAAUACCUCGUUUUUCAAGUGAUUACCUUAAGCAUUGAGGCAUUUAGAAGCCAAGAUACAUUUUGCUUGGCCACAUACAAGAAACCUUUAGCAUACCUCUUUUUUAUUGGGAAAGUAACUUUCAUUGCUUCCUUUUAUUUUGAGUGCUGCUUCGUUUCUGCUAAAUUUUCUAUCUGAAUAGAUUUAGUUUUUUUCUCUCGAAUUCCAUCAAUGUCUGAGAAAAGCAGACUUUCCUCAAGGUUUCUUUUCUUCUUGAUUCCUGUUUCUAUGUUCUUCUUUAUCAUUUCCUCGGUUUCCCUUCUUCAACUUGGCAAUAUAUCUCUCCUACCCGGAUCUAUUUUCAAGCUAAUUCUUGUGAAUAGUACAUCAUUUUAUUUGAAGUCCAAUGACAAAAGUGAACCAGUCAAAAUUCCCAUCUUCUCUUCCAUGCCAUCACAGAUUGAUACUAAAUCAUCAAUGAGAAGUGGAGUGAAAUGCCCAAAUUCAGAAAUUGCUGCUAUUGGAAAAAACAAAAAGAAAAAUUGUGACCCUAAUCAAGCUCUCUUAAGGGUAUAUAUGUAUGACUUGCCGCCUGAAUUUCACUUUGGGUUAUUGGAUUGGAAGAGAAAAGCUAAUCAAACGUGGCCGAAUGUUCUUGAUCAUAUCCCCCCAUACCCAGGUGGGUUGAACCUACAGCACAGUAUGGAGUACUGGCUGACCCUUGAUCUUCUAGCAUCAAGCACACCCGAUGUGCGCAGACCUUGCAGUGCAGUUAGAGUACAGAAUUCUAGUCUAGCAGACAUAAUUUUUGUGCCAUUUUUCUCGUCUUUGAGUUACAAUCGACAUUCUAAGGUUUAUGAAAAGGAAAAGGUUAGUGUGAACCAGAGGUUGCAGGAUAGGCUGGUGCAAGUCUUAAUGGGUCAGGAUGAAUGGAAGCGUUUUGGGGGAAGAGAUCAUUUGAUUGUAGCCCAUCACCCAAAUAGCAUGUUAGAUGCUAGGAAGAUGCUGGGUUCUGCCAUGUUCAUUCUUGCAGAUUUUGGUAGAUACCCUGUUGAAAUUGCAAAUCCUGGGAAGGAUAUAAUAGCUCCUUACAAGCAUGUUGUGAGGACCAUUUCAAGUGGUGAAUCAGCUCAAUUUGAUGGGCGGCCCAUAUUGGUGUUUUUUCAAGGAGCGAUAUAUAGGAAGGAUAGAGGAGUUAUUCGCCAAGAACUGUAUUACCUUCUGAGAGAUGAGAAAGAUGUACACUUUACAUUUGGAACAGUUCGAGGGAAUGGGAUCAACAAGGCUAGUCAGGGAAUGGCCUCAUCCAAGUUCUGCCUCAAUAUUGCCGGCGAUACACCGUCCUCAAAUCGCCUCUUCGAUGCCAUUGUGAGCCAUUGUGUUCCUGUGAUUAUAAGUGAUGAAAUUGAGCUACCAUUUGAAGAUGUGUUAGACUACUCAGAAUUCAGUGUAUUUGUGCGUGCAUCUGAUGCUGUUAAGAAAGGGUACCUGCUGAAUCUUCUUCGGAAUAUUGAGCGAGACAAGUGGACCAUGAUGUGGGAAAGGUUAAAGAAUAUUGCACCACAGUUUGAAUAUCAGUAUCCUUCUCAGCCUGGUGAUGCUGUAGAUAUGAUUUGGAAGGCAAUAUCACGUAAGAGAUCUUCAGUGCAAUUUACACUUAACAGAAAGAACAGAUAUCAGAGAACUGAGAUUCAGUAAUUGACAAGACAAGGACAAGUUGAUACAAUUCUUGAUCUUACAUGCAUAAACAAAGAUGGAUUUUUUACCGGAUUGCAGGUUUUUGGACGAGACAAAAGCUUUAGGUCUUUUUUUUUUUUUUUUUUUUUUUUUUUU